AUCAAGUUCGGUUUUUUUAUUUUUACCCUUCUCUGUUCUCAUGGCAAACUCGCUGGCUUCAUUUUUGCAUGGACGCUCCCAAGGAGGAACAUGACCGCGGCAGCGGCGGCGAUUCUGCUGCCCGUCCGCACCAGGAAUUAUCCGCUGUCCUUGGUUACUUCAGUAAUCUUUAUCCUCUUGAUACCAUAGAGUCUUGCGAACAAGCCGGUGAUCCUGACCAGCCGUUGGCUUCGUUACUGGCAGAACAGGCUAAGGAAGAGCAUCCUUCUGGUCGACAGAAUGCGGUUCAGAGAUUUGAUGUCCCUCCUGACGUGUUCCAAGAUUGGCAGCUGGGAAGAUUUUUUGACGACCAGGAAGCGCAUCCUCACUGCCAUGAUACUCGCCAGCAUCUCAACUUCGAUGAUGUAAUGCCCUGCCACUGUUCCACUCCUUGGAGCCACGUUUCCUGCGCAUGCCACAAUCAUGCUGGUUGUAGUUCGGGAAUGCCUCCUGCUAGCAUGCAGAACUGGGGCCAUUCGCUUUUGAGCAAUGGCGGACCGGAAGAAUCCAGUAGCUGGCAACAAUUCAGCGAUGCAAGCGAGAUGUCAUCCCAGUGCCUAAUUGAUAAGGAGAAGCUGAUUCAGAUGCCGGAGGACUUGGACAGUAGCUUUGUUUCCGGCAAUCCAACCUGGGAAUUCUCCGAUCCUGUUGCCGGUGGUCAAAAUGGAGAUGGAGUGACUAUCACUGCGAAAAAUUGGACCAGCGAAACCGCUUCCAAAGUACAAGAUCAAAAGAAGGCUCCAGAACCAAGCUCGGGCACUCCUGGAAGGAGGGAGAGGCGAGUACCCAAAAGACAUAUUUGUUUGAAGAAAGCAGAAAAUGCCACAGACAAUGGAAGCACGAAAAGAUGCAGUUGCAGGAGAUCCAAAUGCUUGCAACUAUAUUGCGAAUGCUUUGCAGCGGAACUUUUCUGUACCGACAGUUGUGCAUGUAGACUCUGCUACAACAACCUUGAAAUGGAGGACUCAGUUUUCAAGGCAAAGGACCGGAUUAAAUCUGGUGAUCCUCUUGCAUUCGGUCCGAAGGUAGUUCCGCAUCCCAACGAUUUGCCUCCGGAAAUAGCGGAAAGUGGUGGUCGUGGUAGUGGUGAGAGUGAGGACACCCCAUUAUUCGUGAGGCACAAACGCGGAUGUAAUUGCAAGAAGUCUCAGUGCCUGAAAAAUUACUGCGAGUGCUAUCAGGGCAAAGCUGGAUGUUUCCAUGAAUGCAACUGCCAAGAUUGCUCUAACCCUUUUGGCCCAAAAUCAGGUAAGCGGCACACUUGUGGCUGCUAUUCCGAUACAUCUUUGUAUAGAUUGUUAACAUUCUCGCCGUGAACACAAACCGGAAGCAAUAUUUCGCUCCUCCUGAUGCAAAUCAAGCAUCCUUUGAUCAAGCACAUUCUGAUUUUCUUCCCGG